AUGUCAGUGAGCUCAACGUCCACAGCCAUGCUUCGGCGUGCGCUCUCCAGCACUCGAGUGUCAAAUCCUAUGGCCAAGUCCAAGUCCAUGCGACCUGCGCUUUUCAAUUCAUGCAGAAAUGUCUCGAGCGCUGCUCGCUUGCCUACUAUUACAGCUUCAGAGUCUCGUCGUCGACCGACAGUGCGACCUUAUCAGCAGCCUAUCGCGUCGAAUGGAGUAAAUGGUGUUUCGCCAACGAGCAAGCGAACUAUUUUUAUUCAGACGGAAAACACUCCUAAUCCCGAUGCCCUCAAAUUCAUUCCCAACCACCGCGUCCUCCCAGAGAACUUCCCAACAUCUUUCCUCGAAUACCUCUCUCCCCGCUCUACUCUCGCUCCUCCCCAUCCCUCUCCCCUCGCCGCAAAACUCUUCGACGUCGAAGGCGUCACAUCUGUCUUCUACGGCGCAGACUUCAUCACCGUAACAAAGAUGAGCGAACACAACUGGGCACAUAUUAAGCCCGAGGUCUUCAGCUUGAUUACUCAAGCUGUUACAUCGGGCGAGACUAUCGUUUCCGUUGUUGAGGGUUCGGAUGCCGAGUCCGGACAGGAGGUAGAGGAGGAUUCACUCGCUUAUAACGAGGAUGAUGAUGAGGUUAUUAGUAUGAUUAAGGAGUUACUUGAGACUCGUAUUCGUCCUGCUAUCCAGGAGGAUGGUGGUGAUAUUGAGCUGAAGGGUUUUGAGGAUGGGAUUGUUAUGUUGAAGUUGCGGGGUGCGUGCAGGACUUGUGAUUCGAGUACUGUUACGUUGAAGAAUGGUAUUGAGUCUAUGUUGAUGCAUUAUAUUGAAGAGGUUAAAGGUGUUGAGCAGGUGAUGGAUCAGGAGGAGAUUAUUUCGAUGCAUGAGUUUGCUAAGUUUGAGGAGAAGUUGAGAGAGCAGAAGGGAGCUGCUGCUACGGCUUCUUCUGCUUUGGAUGCAGCUCCUUGA